AUAUAUUGUAUUAUAUAUUGUAUUUUAUUUUCUUUAAUUUAAAUGUGUUUUUAUUUUAAUAUUGACUUGAUAGUAGCUUAAUUAACAUUGACUUGUUAUUACUUUUUUUUACCUAACCCCAAUUUAAUUGUUAUUUAACCUUAAUUCAACUUAAAUUCACUAUUAAUUUUUUUUAUUAUAAACUUCAUUUUAACUUGAAAAUUAACUAAUAUUUAAUUUAAAAAAUUUAUAAUUAUUAAGUAAAAUUUAACUUAUAGUAAUAUAAGUAGUUUAAUUGAAGUCAACCUUUACGUCAUAUAUUUCCAAAGUGCAUCUAUUUACUACUUAUGUAUUAUGUUUAUUAUAAUUAUUGUUUUUAAUUAAAGUUAAAUAAUUUUCUUGUUAACAUAUAACUCAAUAUACCAUUUCAAAUUUCGCGCGUUACCGACGGUGUGAUGAAUUGAAGAAGCUUCACUCAGCCACCACACAUACCGCGUGGUGAGAGUGCACAGUUGGGUGAGCAUGUGGUGGGGUGUGCGCGCGGUGGGGGUAGGUCCAUAAGAGUUGUCGUUCCACCGUUGAUCAGCACAUUCUGUUCACAGCGUCGUCGUGGGUAGUCAACUAUGGAGCAUUGGUGUAGCUGCUACCAAUGUCACCUGAUGAAGGUGUCCGUGCAUAAUUUACAGAAUCCAGACAAUGAGGUGCCGCUACCUCCAACACCACCCCCUGCGUCACCACCCACGUACCAAUGGUACAGGUUAGAGACGCCAUCUUUUGUGGAGCUGGGGUCUCCGCCGAUACCUAGAGCACAGUCAACCCCACAAGCCAGGUCGAUGACUCCGCAACAGGGGUUACCUACAACCCCGCCAGGGAUUCCACCACGGUCAAGGUCACCUUCACCAGUACCACGACUCGAAGAGAGGGUGCCAGUAGAAUCAAGGUUGCCAGUGGUAAAUCCCCAAGCGGUCAACGAUCAGCGCAUGCAACACCGUCGUCAUCGUCGCCAGAGACGACUAACUGUUAAUAUCACUAUUAAUAAUUUUUAAUAAAGAAGUUUUCAUAUAAAAUGUAUAUACUUUCUGCGCAAGAGUAAAAAAAAAAGUGUGAAUAAUGAGUCUGACUUGGAGUAAUGUGAGUAUAAUGCGCAUGCGUGAUAGGUUGGAGUGGGGGUAAAUGGUAUAGUGCGCAUGCGUGAAAGGUAGGAGUGGGGAUUUCGGGGUAUAUAUUCAGGGAUUUUAGCGAGUUUAGUCAGUAGCUGUUUUGUUCACAGAUUCAGCGGUUCCAACAGCAGCAGCAGCAGCAGCAUCAGCAGAUUCCCCUUGCCAUCACUAAUUGUCUUUUUUUUUGUUAUAUUUACUGUCUUUUUUUUUUUUUGUUAUAUUUACUGUCUUUUUUGUUAUAUUUACUGUCUUUUUUUGUUACAUUUACUGUAUUUAUUGCAUUUACUUUAUAUUGGUUUGUAGGUUAAGUUCUUUAGUUUGUAAGUUCGUUUUGUUUAGUAUAAGUUUGUUAGUUUGUAAGUGUGUUCUUUUGUUAGCUUGUAAGUGUGUUCUUUAUUCUUUUUUUUUGUUAGCUUGUAAGUGUUUAAUUUUAGGUGCAGAGAUGAAGCGUAAGGCGAAGACUACCGAUGGACCACGUAAGCAUCCAAAUUACGGUACAAUCCUUGAUGAGAGUGAUGUAACUGUUACUCUCAUCAAGGAGGCUCUAGAGUUGAUUCCUCUUUUAGACGACGUCAAUUUAAGACGUUCAUUCGUUGAGAGAUGGGUUGUAGAAUGCUCACAACAUGAAAACGUAUUAUCGAGCAUUCUCAAGUCGAUGUACUUCACACAUCAAAAGCAAAGAUGUGUGAGCAUUCUACAAUCCAUCAUAAGGUUUCGCGCAUUAUUUGAGUCCCACGUAGUAGAUGGCUCUGGAAUCGGUGACCCAGACAUUAAUAAACGUGUUCGCUGGGAAGAAUGUGAGAGUGCGUUUGCGUGUAGGCUGUACACUAAUAUGGUCCUGAAUCUAGUGCACAUUGAUGUUAGUGCGUUUUUGGAUGAUGCGUCUAGACUUUUUCAGGACCGCAUUAGAGAUGCUAUUAACAAAUAUGGUCCUAUUUUGGUGUAUGGUGUUCUCAUUGCCAACUUUAAAAGGGUUGAGAAUGAGGAAGAAGUAGUUAAGCCAAUCCCGUUUGGAACUAAGGCUAACAGCAUCUUCCCCACAACCCUUUUAGAUGAUUGGUUUGAUGAGAACAUCAAGCAGCCAAUCUUGCGCAGUGUAGAAGAGUUUUACGCAAAGGGUUCAAAUUGGAAUCUUCAGUCUAUUAUAAGACUUGAAGUGAAUGUAAAUAAAUACAAUCCAAUGCGUGCGAGCUCAUACAUUGAUCUACCUUCACAAAUUAAAAGAAAGAAAGCCUGUAUUAACGUGCAAAACAAAGAUAACGAGUGCUUUAAGUGGGCGGUACUGUCAGCCUUACAUCCAAAUGUCGUGAGAAGUGAUCGUGUUUCCAACUAUAAAGAAUUUGAAAAUGAGUUAAAUUUUGACGGAAUAGAUUUCCCAGUAACGUUAAAAAAUGUCUCGAAAUUUGAAAAAUUAAAUGAUAUUUCAAUUAAUGUCUAUGGUUUAUCAAAAUACUAUGGGGACUUCUCAACACAUCCUCUCCAUCUCACUGCGGAAAAAAGAGAUAAGCAUGUAAAUCUCUUGUAUGUUGCCGACAUGUAUGCGGAUGAAAGUGUUGACAGUAAUGUAUUGUAUGACGAUGAUGGUUUUAUGAAUUUCCAUUAUGUAUGGAUAAAAAAUUUGUCACAUCUUGUUUCGAAACAAUUGUCUGCUAAAAAUGGUAAAAAACAUAUCUGUGACCGAUGCUUACACUACUUUUCAUCUGUAGAUAGAUUGAAUGCUCACCUUGAAAAUUGUAAAAAAAUGAAUGAGUGUAAAGUAACGUUACCAAAACCUGACAAGAGUCUGAUUACAUUUAAAAAUUAUAAGAAUAAAGAAAAGGUGCCAUAUGUAAUUUACGCCGACUGUGAAAGUCUACUUCUUCCCGCCGAUGAAGAUGUAGACAAUUUAAGUAAGACUGAGGUAUUCCAGCGUCACAAAUUGUUAAGCAUAGGCUAUUAUAUAAAAUGCAGCUACGAUGAAUCAUUAUGUAAAUAUGUACCAUGUCCGAAAAAUGAAUCCGACCCUGCCAAAUGGUUUACUGAGGAAUUAAGGCAAUUAUCUGAAAAAAUUGAUAAUGUAUUUAAAAAUCCGAUACCAAUGAAUGCCUUAACUCCUCAAGAAAUCAGUGACUUCAAGCGAGCGACAAUAUGUCACAUUUGUAAUGAGAAAAUACCGGCAAGCGAAAAGAAAGUCCGCGAUCAUUGUCACCUUACUGGCAAAUAUAGGGGUGCUGCCCAUGAAUCGUGCAAUCUAAACUAUCAAGAUUGUCAAACGAUCCCCGUAGUCUUCCACAAUUUAAGCGGUUACGAUGCCCAUUUUAUAAUUCACGCGAUCUCGACGAGCUUUGAAGGAAAAAUUGACCUCCUCCCCAUUAACAAAGAGAAGUAUAUCUCUUUUACUAAACAUGUCAAGGGGAGUGAGGUCAAAUUUCGAUUCAUUGACUCAUUGCGAUUUAUGGCAGCAUCCCUAGAGAAACUCGCAUCGUACCUAGACGAGUACAAAAUCGUCAACUCCGUUUUUGCCAGUACGGUGACAGAUCCGGAUAAAAUAAAAUUACUAACGCGUAAAGGUGUGUUCCCUUACGAGUACUUUGACUCCAAAAGCAAACUCGACGAAACCGAAUUACCCCCCAUAGAGAAAUUUUAUAGUACUCUGUAUGACGCCGGUAUUUCUGAUGACGAGUAUGCGCAUGCGCAAAAUGUAUGGACCGAGUUUGACUGUAAAAAUCUAUGCGACUAUGUACAUUUGUAUAUGAAAACUGAUGUAUUGUUACUUGCGGAUGUCUUUGAAAAUUUUCGAAAAGAAUGUGUUAAAGCGUACGGGUUAGAUCCUGCUCACUAUUAUACGACCCCCGGUUUAACUUGGGAUGCUAUGCUCAAGUACACGAGCAUAGGAUUGCAACUUAUAACUGACAUCGAUAUGAUUAUGUUUGUUGAGUCUGGUAUUAGAGGUGGCAUUAGCCAAUGUUGCAACCGAUAUACUAAAGCAAAUAAUCCGUAUAUGGAGAAAUUUGACAAAAAUGAAGAUACAAGCUAUAUUAUGUACUUCGAUGCCAAUAAUCUAUAUGGCUGGGCAAUGGCUCAAGCGCUCCCUUAUGGUGGCUUCAAAUGGGUUGAUAAUGUUGACAACUCCUUCGAUUUUAAUGUGCCUGACGAUUCACCUGUUGGGUACAUACUCGAAGUUGACUUGGAGUAUCCUGAAAAUCUCCACGAUACUCACAAAGAUAUACCAUUUUGCGCAGAAAAUGCGAAACCACCCCUCUCGAAACAGGAGAAAUUAUUAACAACUCUCCAACCAAAAGAAAAAUAUGUGAUCCACUACCGCACUUUAAAACAAGUUGUCGCCAACGGCAUUAAGCUUGUUAAAAUUCAUCGAGUCUUACAGUUUAAGCAAUCAACAUGGCUUAAACCAUAUAUAGACUAUAAUACGAUGAUGCGAACCAACGCCAAGAAUGAGUUCGAGAAAAAUUUGUUCAAGCUCAUGAACAAUGCGGUAUACGGUAAAACAAUGGAAAAUGUCCGUAAACAUGUCGACAUUAAGCUUGUCACCCAAUGGUUUGGCCGCUAUGGAGCUGAAGCCCUUAUUUCUCGCCCGAAUUUCCAUAGUCGAGCGAUAUUCGACGAAAAUCUGGUUGCCAUUGAACUGCGUAAAACCGAGGUACUACUCAACAAACCAAUCUAUGUGGGGUUAAGUGUGCUCGAUGUUUCCAAAACGCUUAUUUACGAUUUUCACUACGGGUAUAUGUUAAAAAAAUACGGUGACAAUUGUAAACUGAUGUAUACCGAUACAGACAGUCUAAUCUAUGAAAUUAAAUGUAAAGAUGUCUACAAUGACAUGAAAAAUGACAUCCAAAAGUUCGAUACGUCAGACUAUCCCGCAAACAACGUGUACGGCAUUCCGCAAGCCAACAAAAAGAUUCUCGGUCUAAUGAAAGACGAAUGUAACGGCAAGAUCGUUACCGAAUUUGUUGGCUUGCGGAGUAAGAUGUACAGCGUACGUGUUGAAGGUCAAGACAUUAUUAAAAAAGCUAAAGGCAUUAAAUCCGGCGUUGUUAAAAAGAGUAUUCACUUUGAUGAUUAUGUAAAAUGUCUGAGAGAUUUUGACAUUCAAACUCGAACGCAAUAUAACAUUAGAUCGCGGUUACACAAUGUCGAAACUGUAAAACAGAUAAAAGUAGCCUUAAGUCCGCAAGACGACAAACGGUAUUUGUUACCGGGGAGUACCGAUACUCUACCGUGGGGACAUUAUGCGAUCCCUAAAAUCGACGAAUUAUUUUGUAAAACAUGA